ACUACGCGAGAAUUGCUGUUCUGGGGCCUGGGUUGAAGGCUGAAGGUCUGAGUCGGGGUUGGGGUGGGGACUAGGAGGGGACUGGGUGGCAGGAUGAUGGAGGAAGAGGAACUGGAGUUCGUGGAAGAGCUGGAAGCCGUACUGCAGCUCACCCCCGAGGUGCAGCUCGCCAUCGAACAGGUAUUUCCAAGCCAGGAUCCUCUAGAUAGAGCAGAUUUCAAUGCUGUGGAGUAUAUCAAUACCCUGUUCCCAACAGAGCAAUCUCUGGCAAACAUAGAUGAAGUUGUGAACAAAAUUAGACUGAAAAUAAGGAGACUGGAUGACAAUAUUCGAACUGUUGUGAGAGGUCAAACAAAUGUGGGGCAGGAUGGAAGGCAAGCACUUGAAGAGGCCCAGAAAGCUAUUCAGCAACUCUUUGGCAAAAUCAAAGAUAUCAAAGACAAAGCAGAAAAAUCAGAGCAAAUGGUUAAAGAAAUCACCCGUGACAUUAAGCAGUUAGAUCAUGCCAAACGCCAUCUGACCACAUCAAUCACAACGCUGAACCACUUGCACAUGUUGGCAGGUGGCGUCGAUUCCCUUGAGGCCAUGACCAGGAGAAGACAGUAUGGAGAAGUUGCUAAUCUCCUUCAGGGUGUAAUGAAUGUUCUGGAGCACUUCCACAAGUAUAUGGGAAUUCCACAGAUCCGGCAGCUUUCCGAAAGAGUGAAGGCUGCCCAGACUGAGUUAGGACAGCAAAUCCUGGCAGAUUUUGAAGAAGCGUUUCCUUCCCAAGGCACCAAGAGGCCAGGAGGACCCAGCAAUGUCCUAAGAGAUGCAUGUCUGGUUGCUAAUAUUUUGGACCCCAGAAUCAAACAGGAAAUCAUCAAGAAGUUUAUUAAACAGCAUCUAUCAGAGUAUCUAGUACUCUUUCAAGAAAACCAAGAUGUUGCCUGGCUGGACAAAAUCGACAGACGCUAUGCCUGGAUAAAACGCCAACUUGUAGACUAUGAGGAGAAAUAUGGCCGUAUGUUUCCACGUGAGUGGUACAUGACCGAGAGAAUUGCAGUAGAAUUUUGCCAUGUCACAAGGACAGAACUUGCCAAGAUCAUGCGUACCAGAGCUAAGGAAAUUGAGGUGAAAUUGCUUCUUUUUGCUAUUCAGAGAACAACUAACUUUGAGGGGUUUCUUGCAAAACGCUUUUCUGGCUGCACCCUGACGGAUGGAACCCUGAAAAAACUCGAGUCUCCACCACCAUCUACCAAUCCCUUCCUGGAAGAUGAACCAGCACCAGAGAUGGAGGAACUGGCAAUGGAAAAAGGAGAUUUAGAUCAACCAAAGAAGCCAAAAGCCCCAGACAAUCCAUUUCAUGGCAUUGUUUCCAAGUGUUUUGAGCCUCAUCUCUACGUAUAUAUUGAGUCCCAGGACAAAAACCUUGGAGAGCUGAUAGAUCGGUUUGUGGCUGAUUUUAAAGCCCAGGGACCACCUAAGCCCAACACUGAUGAAGGGGGUGCUGUGCUCCCCAGCUGUGCCGACCUCUUUGUCUACUACAAGAAGUGCAUGGUGCAGUGCUCUCAACUCAGUACUGGGGAGCCAAUGAUUGCUCUUACCACCAUUUUCCAGAAGUAUCUCCGGGAAUAUGCCUGGAAAAUCCUCUCUGGCAACCUGCCCAAAACCACAAGCAGCAGUGGAGGGCUGACCAUCAGCAGCCUCCUCAAGGAAAAGGAGGGCUCAGAAGUAGCCAAGUUCACUCUAGAGGAGCUCUGCCUCAUCUGCAGCAUCCUGAGCACAGCAGAGUAUUGUCUGGCUACUACCCAGCAGUUGGAAGAAAAACUCAAAGAAAAAGUUGAUGUAAGCCUGACUGAACGUAUUAAUUUGACCGGAGAAAUGGACACGUUCAGCACUGUCAUCUCCAGCAGUAUUCAGUUGUUGGUUCAGGAUCUCGAUGCUGCCUGUGAUCCUGCUCUGACUGCCAUGAGCAAGAUGCAGUGGCAGAAUGUGGAGCACGUUGGUGACCAGAGCCCCUACGUCACCUCUGUCAUUCUUCACAUUAAGCAGAAUGUCCCCAUCAUCCGUGACAACCUGGCUUCCACACGGAAGUACUUCACUCAGUUCUGCAUUAAAUUUGCAAACUCCUUUAUUCCCAAGUUCAUCACCCACCUCUUCAAGUGCAAGCCAAUUAGCAUGGUGGGAGCAGAACAGCUUCUGCUGGACACCCACUCCCUGAAGAUGGUCCUGCUCGAUUUGCCUUCCAUUGGCUCACAGGUGGUGAGGAAAGCCCCUGCCAGUUACACUAAAAUUGUUGUGAAAGGCAUGACCCGGGCCGAGAUGAUCCUCAAGGUAGUGAUGGCCCCUCAUGAGCCAUUGGUGGUGUUCGUUGACAACUACAUCAAACUCCUUACAGACUGCAACACGGAAACCUUCCAGAAGAUACUGGACAUGAAGGGGCUGAAGAGGAGUGAGCAGAGCAGCAUGCUGGAACUCUUCCGCCAGAGGCUCCCCACCCCGCCCUCGGGGGCAGAAGGCGCUGGCUCCCUGUCCCUGAUGGCUCCUACGCCCGAACAGGAGUCAUCUCGCAUCCGGAAACUAGAGAAACUGAUUAAAAAGAGACUGUAGGAGCACACAAAGGACACUCCCCCCACUGGCCAGUGACCCCCAGCAUCCAGCUCCCCGGAAGCCCUCUGACCUCUCCUUUCCUCCCCAUGACUCUCAUAGACUGUCAGUCCCCACAUUUUCUGGGACAUUUGGGUUGUUAAUGUAUCUUUACCAUGCCCUGUCUUCAUUCGUGUCCUGCUUGGAGAAUCCGGGUCAGGGCUAGGUUAUAAAAAAGGUGAUUGGGCGCAUCGUUGAUUCCUGAAACAGCCAGCAGUGGGUGAAAGGCCCCUGGUUCAGUUACCGACCCUGGGAUGCCUUGACUGGCCGGAUUGUCAUCGAUUUGUGAUCCUCACCCCCGAAGUCAUGCCCGCGGCCUGUGGCCCUGUUUCCUGCCGCGCACCUGUCCAGGCCACUUGGAUGAGAAAGCCUGGUUCUCACCCCUUCCUCCGUCAGCUGCCUUUUGGGAUUACCUUUGUGGCCAGAAUCCUGGGAGUCUUCCUCCUCUCUCUCUGGGUUGGCUCCAGGGCCUGAGUUAAUGAAGAGCAGAUUCCACAUGUAGGAAGGGAACCUUUCUACAGGAAGGGAAUGGAAGCAUGACUACCCUUCCAUGUAAAUCCCAGUCCCCUGGCACACAUUUUGCUGCUGGUACUUUUCCUGGCGUGGCCAGGUUAUCCCUGUGUUCUCCCCACUUCCCAGUAAUUUCCAAUUCCCUUUCUGUUUACUUCUAAGGAGCAAUUCCUGGGUCUCACCCAGGAGGUUGUAUGUGUCAGGCUUUGGAAGCCAGGUGUCCUGUCUGCCAUAGGGCUCCUGACCUGGCUACGGAAGCAGACAUGUCUGACCCGAAAGAAAGAUUCUGCUUGGCACACUCACAGGGUGAUGUAAAAAACAUUAUUUUCUCCAUUUCUUUAUUUCAACUCUGCUCCUGACUUCUGAGAGAGGGAUUACCUGUCUGUAAAGGGAAACCAGAAACUUUUCCUGGAAGAAAAAUGUCCUAGGCUCUCUCCUCACAUGAAGGUGUAGGAAAGCCCAGGUGGCCUAUACCUUCUGAGCCUCUCUCUACACCAAUUCAUUUUCAAAUCCGUGAUAUUCUCUAGGGUCAUCUAAAACAACAAGUACCAGGUGACACAUUAAUACUAAUGAAAAAGUACCUGGGUCCACCUAAACCUUGGAAAGAGAAUGUUGAUCUCACCAGUCUGGGAACCGACCCACCCUGAACACACCCUGACCCUGGCUGCCCUUCCUGUCCUCCACUGGCUCUCAGUCCCGCAGACGAGACUUGCCCCAUAGGACUGCUUCAGGCCUAGUACUGUUUCCUACAUCAAGAGACCUAGCAGCCUGUUGGGUAGUGCUGCCCCUCCCUUGAAGCCAAGCCGGGGUUAACCAUUACCAUGACCACAAGGUAACCCCUACUGAUGUCAGCAUUUGUUCAGCAAUUACAUUUGCUGGCCAGGUGCAAGGGAGCACUAAGGAGGAAGGCGAGUCUCUUGACAGAAAAGCUGCAUAACAGGCCUCAGGGUAAAGUCAGGGUAGCAACUAGGACUCAAAGGACAUUUUCAGGACAGUGGAAAAGUUUCCUAAAAAUCCAUAAAACGUGCGACAGCCAUACAAUAGGAAAUUUGAAGGUUUGAAAAUUUGAGCAGAAAAAUUAUUUCUCCCCUUGUUUUGCCAGUAGAACCACUCUCCACCCUUCCCCUUCCCUCUCCUUCAGCUUCUCUUCCCAACUCAGUCCUGUAGUCCCGGCUUUGAUCCAGGAACUCAUUUCUUCAUCAGCUUCCAGCCUGUUCUUGUUAGUCAAUCUGUCUCAUGCAUUUAGGAAAAGAUUGCUAAACAAGGAAAGUACAGGAGGGCAGAGGGAUAGCACCUGGGGAGCGCAAUAGAUAUCGUUUUGCAGGGAUAGUCAUCUGUGUUGUUCUGGUAGGCUAUGCAACCAGCACUAACACAAGUUAACUUUCCCUUCCCUGCUCUUAAAAAAAAAAGGUGGUGGGCCGGUCUCCAAACUGCUAGGCAAUCCAGUCGCCUGUCAUCGGCCUGGGGGAGCCUGGAAAGCCAGUGGGCCUCGCAUCUGGUUCUUGUCACUCUGGAGGUUUGCAGACCCACACUUCUCUCUCAAGGCAUUCUUGACAGGUUGUCUUCUGGAUGUGUCCAUAACGGCACGAAGGUGCCAAGCCACUUUAUCUUCCCCACUUGAUGCUCACAGCCAGGGAAGUGGAUUUCUUGAUUUGUUACAUUGUCAGUAAUCUCCAAGGAGCUGACAGAUGUCAGUAAGCGUUAUGUUAAGUGUCUCGUUAAUGGGGACUGAAUACUGUGUGUAUCCUGUGAAGAAAGAGCAUGUUUCUCAACUGUGGGUCUGCAUCAGUCACCUGGAGUCCUUUAUAGAAGCACAGAUGCCUGGAGAUUCUGAAUCACUAAGUCUGGAGUGGGGCCCAGCAUGUAUGUUCAGAAAGUUCCACAGGUGAUGACAACGUUAAGGACCAUUGCCAUCGAGAGAAAUUUGCUUUAUUGAAGGGUUCCUCUAGCACAUUUUCAUAAAUGUGUAUUUUUCUGGUUCUCUAAACAAAGUGUAAUUACUGUACAAUUGAGCUGGUACCAACAUGGUUGAUAAUUCUUUGAUGACAGCUAGCAGCUUUAAUGUUAGACUUGUGUUGAAGGUAGGGACCAUGCCAAGAAUUGGGCUAUCCCCAAUACCGACUAGGAUUCUUCCUGUUUAGAUGGCCAAGCUCAAAACAGAAGCUUUAUUUAUUAUUGUUAUUUCAAAGUAACAUAUAGAAAGGAGCACCCGUUGAUAAACGCAGCAGCUAACAGCUCUGCGAUUCAGCUAAAUGUAGAUACUGUACCCAUUCCUUCCCGACUUUCUCUAGCCCCUUUAAAAAAGCAAAACUUUAAAGCCUCUUUAUGUGCUUACAAUAAAUGUUGGUGACUUAUAA